GCAACCUAUUGAGAAUGUCAGGUCACCAAAACAGAUGUUUUAACAAAAGGAGGAGGGUGUUUCACGAAAGGAAACCAGACAGCUGAAUGUCACAGUCCUGCUGUUGUUAUUGAAUGAGAGUGGAUUCAGCCGAAAGAUAGAGCAUUUUUGAAUCAGACAUCCACCCGGCGCAAUAUCCCUGAGAACAAGAAUGGGCAAAGCAGAAGCAGUGGAAGAGGAAAAGAAACCUUUUUCAACUGUGCAGCAGGAAUCCAGCUUGUGGAAUAAGUUCUUGAUGUUUAUGCUGUCACCAGCUGACCCAUCAAAUCUUGCUGUGUUGAGAAUUGCAUUUGGAUUACUCAUGAUGACUGACAUUCCUCAAGAGCGUGGCAUGUUGUAUAUCGACGCCCAUUUUGGAGGAGACACUUGCCACUUUCCACUGUUCAACUUCAUCAAACCUCUACCUGUUGACUGGAUGCAUGUUGUGUACCUUAUCAUGUUCCUUGGAGCUUGUGGAAUUUUCCUGGGAUUUAUGUUUCGUUUAAGCUGCUUGUCCUUCAUGGUUACCUACUGGUACAUGUUCCUACUGGAGAAAUCGCGCUGGAAUAAUCAUUCUUAUCUGUAUGGAUUAUUUUCAGUGAUGCUUCUUCUGAGCGAUGCCGACUGUUACUGGUCUGUGGAUGGGAUUUUAAAUCCCAAGAUAAAGAAUUCCCAUGUGCCCAAGUGGAACUAUGUUUUGCUGCGUUUUCAGGUUUUUCUUGUGUAUUUUUAUGCUGGUUUAAAGAAAAUUGACAUGGAUUGGAUGACUGGGUACUCUAUGACAGGUCUAUCACGCCAAUGGGUGUUUGAUCCAUUCCGUUCUUUCCUUGAUGAUGAAUCUAUUGACCUGUACCUUGUCCAUCUUGGAGGGCUGUUCUUUGACCUGUUUGAAGGCUUUCUUCUCAUUUUCAACAAGACUCGCCCCAUCGGAAUCUUCUUCGGUGCCAUGUUUCAUGGGAUGAACUCUCAGAUGUUUCACAUUGGUAUGUUUUCAUACACAAUGCUGGCCACUUUAUUGUUGUUUUGUGCUUACGACUGGCCUAAAAAGUUCUUUUCAUGCCUGCCCACCUUCAUGAACACGAUUUUACCUUCAAGAGAAGAACCUCAAGGUAGUGCACAUUGUGUAUAUCAGGAGUCAGUCCAGGGUACAACAAAUGGUAAAGAACAGAGCAAAGAACAGAAAAUUUCAAAGAAAAGCAGAAUGCCAACAGUUAAACAGAAGGCCUUUGUGUUCAUCACACUAGCUUAUAUUGGAAUCCAGCUCUUCCUUCCUUAUUCACACUUUGUUAGCAAGGGUUACAAUGCUUGGACUCAAGGACUCUAUGGAUACUCAUGGGACAUGAUGGUGCAUUCUUGGAGUACUCAACAUGUCAGGGUCAAAGUAGUGGACCAGGUGUCUGGAGAGGUCACCUAUAUAAGGCCCUCGGCAUGGUUAAGGGAGCAGCGCCAGUCACGUUGGAACUCACACCCAGAUAUGAUUAAACAGUACAUGACAUGUAUGGCUGAGAAACUGAAGGCUCACCCAGAUCUGAACAUCACCCAACCUGCCAUUUAUCUGGACGUGUGGCGUUCAAUGAACAGACGCUUCCAGCAGCGUAUGGUGGAUCCAAACGUGGACAUGGUCACGGCACCGUGGUCACCGUUUAAAAAAACGCCCUGGAUACAGCCACUACUGACUGAACUGUCCCCAUGGCGGGAAAAGCUGGUUCAGAUCAGGAAGGAGCUGAAAGAGAAGUCCAAUUUCAGUGAAAUUACUUUCGUGGCAGAUUUUCCGGGGCUGCUAUUGGAGAAUUUUGUGGCUGAGGAGCUGAAUACAUCUUUGACUCUGCUACACGGUAAAGUUAAGGUGGAGUUUAACAACAAAAACCAUACAGUUGAAGUUGGCGAAGAGAUAUCCAUUCCGUCCAAUGACACACACGUGGUGUACACAGUUUCCGACCAGCCCUCCUGUUGGAUGUACAUUUUCACUAACACGACCGAGUGGAACAACGAGACUAUAAGGAACUGGAUUCUACAUCCGGAAACAUCUCCUUCUCAGCAGAAGAAAAUGGCUCUCAAAAACUUAACUACGUUGGAAAACUUUCGAUUAUUUACGCUAGAUAAGUUUUUCGUCUUUCGUCAGACCUUUUUGAAUACAUGUUACGCUCUGGCCCAUUUGACUUCUGGGAUCGAGCCUGAAUAUGAAGACGAAGAGGAUGACGGUUAUUCAAGCGAGCAAAAGACUGGGCAUGAAGGAAAUCAGGACGAGACUUCAUCCAAUGAUGAUGACACAGGCCACGUGGGGGACAGUGGAGAACCACGUGACCAAGGAGCUGAGCGCACAGAAAGCUUACGAGGAAAAGAACAACAAAAACAAGAGUUAUAAAACAUUUGGGUUAAACUUUUGGUUUUAGAUUUCUUAUGUUUCUUGUGCAUCUGAUUAUUCAAACUGUGACUUUAAAGAAUUAGUUUGCUUCGAACUUUGAGCAAUUCAGUAAAAAUUUUUGAGAUUUUGGUUGAUAUUGUUGGUAAGCAAAUUACUUUCUGUUGGCGAAAAUGCAAUAUAUUUGAUUGUGAUGCUUU